AUGAAGUCUCGUGCUUUAUAUCACUGUGCUCUGUACACCCUGAGUCUGGCAGUGCUUGUUGCUGGGAAUGUCCACCCAGAAUGUGAUUUUAUGACACAGCUGAAGAAAAAGGAGGCUGAAUGUCUGGAGGACCCAGAAAAGCAUGAAAAUGCAACACCAGCAGGUUGCAAGAGAGCUUGGGACAAAUUACUGUGCUGGCCAGAGGCAGAUGCUGGAGACACUCUUGCCUUACCAUGCCCAAAUAUCCUCUUUCACUUCAUGAAGGAGUCAGCUGGGAUAGUAAAAAGGAACUGCACAAAGAAAGGCUGGUCUGACCCAUUCCCUCCCUACCAUAUUGCUUGUCCAGUAGAAGAUGAGAUUCCACUUGACGAAAAAUCCUACUUUUCUACUAUAAAGAUCAUCUACACAGUAGGGUACAGUGUAUCGAUCACAUCACUCAUUAUUGCCGUGACAGUUCUUAUUGCGUUCAGGAGGCUUCGCUGCCCCAGAAAUUAUAUCCAUGUACAGCUCUUUUUGACUUUUAUUUUGAAAGCUAUUGCCAUUUUCAUUAAGGAUGCUGUCCUUUUCCAAGAGGAAGACAUUGAUCAUUGCAGCUUCUCUACAACUGAAUGCAAGAUCUCAGUUGUUUUCUGUCACUACUUCAUGAUGACCAAUUUCAUGUGGUUGCUAGUAGAGGCUCUUUACCUAAACUGUCUACUACUCUCAUCUCUUUCUCAUGGAAGAAGAUAUUUUUGGUGGCUUGUUCUCUUUGGCUGGGGUUUUCCAAUGCUUUUCACCCUUAUAUGGAUAUUAGUAAAAUUCUACUUUGAAGACACAGCGUGCUGGGAUAUUAAUCAAGGCUCUCCUUACUGGUGGUUAAUCAAAGGACCUAUUAUAAUUUCUGUUGGGGUCAAUUUUGUCCUAUUUAUCAACAUCAUCAGAAUUUUGCUGAAAAAGCUAGACCCUAGACAAAUCAACUUCAAUAACUCUUCUCAAUACAGACGUCUCUCAAGGUCAACUCUGCUUCUAAUUCCAUUAUUUGGAACCCAUUAUAUUGUCUUCAACUUUCUUCCGGAAUACACCAGCCUGGGGGUUCGGCUUUACUUAGAGCUCUGCAUUGGAUCUUUUCAGGGGUUUAUUGUAGCAGUUCUCUACUGUUUCCUGAACCAAGAGGUGCAAACGGAAGUUGGACGAAGGUGGCACCGUAAGAGAUAUGGACUUAUGCCAGUGUGGAAAAGGACAAGAUGGACUGUGCCAUCCAGUUCUGGAGUAAAAAUGACCACAUCUGUGUGCUAA